UAACAAUUAAACAAUUCAAUUUUUUUACACUGUAUCAUGCAUAGACUCGCAUCGCGCAUGCCCACGUGCACCGGUGCAUGCUAAAAAGAAGGAAACAAAGAAACGCAGACGUCAAAAAUGGCGUUAUUGGAAACUGUGGAAAGGAUAGACAUUUCGUGAAAGGGUACACAUUUCCUGGCUGUUAUCAAAUGGCGGAAUCAUCACACUCUAUGAUGAACAAUAUGUUUUUAUUUGAUAUCGCUAAACUCCAGCUCUAGGACCCGAGGAUAAAAAAUCUGCGAUGGAAAGAUUUUUCUGAUUUGGAGACGGAACAACUUUUAUUGGACAUCAACCAUCAUGAAGGAAUAACAUCUAAAAAUAUGCUGAUAAACAUUACCCAGGAUUCCUGUGUGUCUUUAUCUAGGUCAUCGCCAUCACAAGAUUCUUCUCCACAGUCUGCACUAUCUUAUUCAUCUUCUUCAUCUCCUGUCCCAUCCCCAUCAUCUUCGUCAGACACCAGCAGCCUGAAUGUGAACAUUUUCUCUAUGACAAGGGCCCGUCCUACCUCCACAUCAUUAAUGAGUGGUCAAAGUAAACAACUGUAUACAACAGAGCUUGAAGUGAUUUGUCGUAUCUGUGGGGACAAAGCAUCAGGAUUCCACUAUGGGGUACACUCCUGUGAGGGCUGUAAGGGAUUUCUUCAGGCGAACAUUGAAGAAGAAGUUGACAUAUGAAGCAUGUAAGAAUGGAAAACAAUGCAAGUUAGACACAGCAUCGCGGAACAAGUGCCAGGCCUGCCGUUUUCAAAGGUGUCUCAAUGCAGGAAUGUCUCCGAACGCUGUGCGAUUUGGAAGAAUGCCAAAAGUUGAAAGAGAGAAACUUGUUGCUGAUAAAGAAGAACUAUCGAAGAAUACCUGUCAAAGGAUAGUAGAGUUACGGGCCUUGUCAGAUCAUAUAAAAGCUUCAUUCAAAGAUUUUUUUGGAGAACCAAGCAUUGUGACGGAAAAGAAAAAUGAUGGGAAAGAGCAGAAAAAUACUGCACGGUUCAACACCACAACUGACAUAGUAAACCAGCUGACAUCAGAGGAUUUCCAUAACCAGGGUGUUUUUACCUGCUACCAGCAAAUGAUUGUCCCUUUAAUGCAAGCUUCAGUUAAGUUUGCCAAGAGGAUCCCUGGUUUUACAUGCCUACCUCUUAGUGACCAGAUCAGCUUGAUGAAGCAGGGUACUUUGGCUGUCUCAGUUAUCAUGAUGCAUGAUAUAGCAGACAGUGACAGUGUGACACUGCGAGAAUCUCAGGGUGACAUGUCCAUUCACCGUUCAGCUGUCAGUUCAUGUACAGAAGCUUCCCUGUUGCUUAGUCAGCAUUUACGGGUAGCGGACAGACUGACAAAGCUUCAACUACAGAGGGGGGAGCUAGCUCUCUUCUCUGCUGUAGUUCUCAUUGCAGAAACACCAGACAUUGCUGAUGUAAAACACUUGGAGAAUAUGCAAAUGGAUUUGCUUCAGGCUCUAAGGAUUGAGUUAAAACAUAAUCAUCCAAGAAACGUCAAAAUUUUCCCAUCGCUUCUUUUACUAAUAUCAGAUUUACGACAGAUUGUUGAGGAGUUUAGUGACAAUUUACGAAAAAAAGUUUUCGAUCCUUCUGAUAACUUCUCCAAUAUUCUGCCCCUAGUUAAAGAAAUCUUUGACCUCCCUGUGUGUUGAGGAUAGUGUUUGAUAUUUCAGACCAACACAGGUAAAUCUCAAUUCACACACUAGAUUUGUUUUUACCUCCAGCCUUUUAGCCUUUUUUAAAAGACUUUUGAAUGAAGGCUACAAAUGUCAAAAUAUGUAGAUUUAUUUAAAAGAAUUCAGGUGGAUUUGAAUCCAUUUGCAUAAUAUAUUAGGUAACAGUCCUGUCCUAAUCGUAAUAUUUACAUGAGAAAAAUGGUUGGAAUGAUUAUUGUAAAUUCACCAUACGUAGGAUUAUUUAAAAUAUUCCAAUAAAACAUGUAAUCCAGUUUAUAGAUAAAGAAAUACACACGAUUGUUUGACAUUUAGCGCAUCCAUACAACAUUUAGUUAAAUGGAAUUAUACAUAACAGAUAUCUUAUGGUUGUAAUGCGUCAUAAUUUGUUUUUAUUAAUUUGAUUAAAAUCGGGAUGAAAAUACCCAUUUAAAGAUCGUUGGUUCGUUGAGGUCUACUAAAAAUAAAUGUUUCGGUUAUUUACGUCGGCAACCACUAAGCUGUUAUAGUUCCUUAUCUUGCAUUUCUAGCUUGCAAUAAAUCUUAAUGAUAUUCUAUAUACCUUAUAUUAACUUAAAAAUAAAGUAAGGUAUAAAAAGCAGUUUAAUGAUAUUCGAUAUACCUUACAUUAACUUAAAAAUAAAGUAAGGUAUAAAAAGCAGUGUAAUGAUAUUCGAUAUACCUUAUAUUUACUUAAAAAUAAAGUAAGGUAUAAAAAGCAGUGUAAUGAUAUUCGAUAUACCUUAUAUUUACUUAAAAAUAAAGUAAGGUAUAAAAAGCAGUGUAAUGAUAUUCGAUAUACCUUAUAUUUACUUAAAAAUAAAGUAAGGUAUAAAAAGCAGUUUAAUGAUAUUCGAUAUACCUUAUAUUUACUUAAAAAUAAAGUAAGGUAUAAAAAGUAGUGUAAUAUUAUUCAAUGUGAAAUCAUAUUCAUUAAAGGAAAACAAAACCUUUUGUAUUUGGUAAUAAUGUCAUCUAUCAUACCAAUCAAGACAUCAUAAGGUCAUGCAAUGAAACGUUGUAGAGGUUCAAUGCUUUCCGGCUUUGCUGGUUAUUAUUAUCAUAAGUUUUGUAUUCUAAUUAUUGAAAACGAGUUCACUUUUAAGAAAUUUUUUACACUUGUGAAAACUCAUUUUAUAGUUCGAUAAUAAUGUAUUGAAAAAUGCUCUUGCUCAGUAAAUAAUUUUAUAUUUCAUAGCUAAGAUAUACCACUCUCCACACUCUUACCUCAGUAAAGUGAAUGGUUUAUAAUACGAUAGAUUUCAUGAUAAUACACGUAGUUCUAUUUUUAUAUAAACAAAAGCAGUUGAUUGCUUAUUUUCGAGUCAAUUUCAGACUGCAUUUCUUUUGUAUCGUUUAUCUUUUAUGAAGACAUAUACAAUACUUCUUCAUGGCAUAUAAGAUGUUUUUAGAUAAAUUUGACAGAAAAACAUGGACAUACUCCUGAUCAUUGAAGCUAUUAUUAUGUUAUUACUAAAGCAGAAUAAAAUAUUUUUAUAUACACUAGUCAUUUAUUAACAAUACCAACAUACGUUUUCACCGGUGAAAUAGAUAAUAUAACUACCAAUUGACGUUCUCGGAGAUGAAGUAUUUAGAAAUAUUGCUAUUUCUGGGGAAGUACAUAAUAACAUUAAUUUCAUUGAUAGUUUAAGAAAAACAUAUACUAAAGUGAGUUUUUAUAUAUAUGUAGGUCUUCUUGACAAGGCUUUAAGAUGGAUGAACCCCUGUUUCAUUAACUUGUUUGUAAUUUUGUGUAAUAUUGUAAUGAACAGACGAUUUCAUGGUGAAAUAAAUUUUACGAUUGAAAUAACAUUGAAACUAACAGACAUGAAAUAAAUAAUAUAAUUACCAAUACACGUUCUCACAUGUGAAAAAAAUAUUAUAUCGUUUUCCAAUUUUACUGGUGAAAUAAUCAUCUUAAUUUAAUCAGAUGAUAGAUAGUAAGUUGACGGGGGGAAAAUACCAAAGCCUGUUUUUAUUCAGUAAUACGAUGCACAAAUGUAGUUGUAUGAUGAAUGUAAAAUUAUAUUUUUUGUGGUAUUUUGUGUAUUUCAUUAUUUUUUGGAGAUUUCAAACAAUCGUACGUUUCAUUUUUACCAAAAUCAGGGAUACACUAUUAACUUGUAGUAAAUCUUUAUGUAUAUAUAAUGCUGCUUUUAAGCAUAACGAACAGAUACCAUUGAACCCAUUUUCAUUAAAUUGUUAUAAAGUCUAAGAUUACUAAGCUGUGCUCUUCAUCAAAUUGUCGUUGAGACUGAAAUCAAGUCAUGUCUUUAUCUGCAUUAGAUUGUCAUAAAGACUUGGAUCAAGUUUUGAUCUAUCGUUAUUAUAUUGUUGCGAAUACUUAUAUUAAGCUUCAUUUGCAUGCUCCUAACUUAAUUAUAAUGUCACGAAGAAUUGAAUCGAAAUGUGUCUUUACCUUCAUUUAAUUGAUGCAAAGACUGAGAAACUGUCCUUGUCUUCAUUAGAUUUUCUUUCGCCAAGACUGAUAUCAAGCUGCGUCUUUAUAUUUCAUUAUAUUAUCGGGGAAACUGAUAUCA